AUGGAAUCAUCCUUGUCCACCCCGACAGACGCUGUCCUUUCUCUGCAAGGAAUGGGCUGGGUCACACGCAAGGCUCUCUCCCUCGCCAAAGUAACCAUCUAUAUCCACGAGUACCCAGACAGCGAAAAGCCCGAAAUCUUCCAUGUCGACGGUCAGUCCGUGCUCACCGGUGGCAUCCAAGGCACGAAGGAAUCCCGCACUCUUGACUGGCAACAGCGGGAGCACACCGACCACAUCUUCGGCAAGUUGGUCGGCCAGUCGCGCCACUUCGCCGAUAUCAAGAGCAUUGAUAUCCAAACCUCCGUUGGUAAUGCCGAGGAUGAUGCGCGAGUUGCCAAGUUCUUGAGUGGUGAGACCUUGGUCGAUGGUUCGAAGAGUGAGGGUUUCCUCGAGGAAGAGGCGUUCAUGCAGAGCUUUGUGCAGAACUCCGAGAGUGGCUGGACUGCUGAGCAGAUCUGGGGCUUUGAGAUUAUUGAUGGCCAAAGACUUCACACCCGCCGGGUUGCAGUUACGAAGAAUGGCAAGGUUGAAUUGGCCAGACUUGUCUACUCUUUCAAGGCUCCCAGGACUGAAGAGUAA